AUGAACAAAAAUGAAGAAGUUAAAAUCAUUUGUGAAUUACGCAAAUUGAUUAAAUUAUAUAGUCCUCAGGACUGUGAUUCUGAACAAAUAUCUACUUUUGAAAAUUUUGGAAUAAACAUAAUAAAAAAUCAUAGAUUUUUAUCAGUGGAUAGCCAUGCGAUUACACGUUCUAUGUCAGGUUUAAUAGAAAAAUUUAAAUUACAUGGUCAUAAUGAAGCUUCGGAUCAAUUGAAUAAUUUAUAUAAUAAAUUUAUAAAUAAUCCAUAUUUUGAAAACCAUCCUCAGUUUGAUUUAAAGUGGACCUUGUUAUCUUUAACUAUACAUGCUGCAUAUAAUCCUACUGGUUCAGUGCCCGAUAAUUUGCAAAGUAAACAAUCUACAUUCAAAUGUUUAACACUACACGAAGAAGAAACUAUAGAUUGGAAAAAAAUUCUUGCAGAAGAUCUGAAUUUAAGAACUGAUUACGAUAGUGAAUCUCUCAGUGAAUGGAGUGAUGAUGAUGAUGAUGAUGAUGAUGAUUAUGAAGAUUAUGAGAAUGAUAAUGAUGAUGAUUUUGAAAAUGUGGAAAGUAGAGAUACUUCAGAAAACAAACCAAAACAAAUUACAGAACCAAAGCCAAAACAAACUUCAGAGCAAUGCACACAAACAAAUUUUCGUAACUCUAGAUCUGCAAAACUUAGUAAAGAAAGAAAACAAGCAGGUAAAAGUGCCAAACCAGAUCAUUGGUUACUUUUGGAAUCAUUGCAACUGCCAUGGUGGGAACAUGGUACCACCUAUGAGGCUCAGAGCUCUCAUCCAGCAGCUAAUUGGGCAACCACUCGGCAGGCACAUGUUGAAUCCUUAUCAUAUGGAUUAGUGAACUCUGAGAACAUUUAUACCAUAUCUGAAUAUUGUGUCCUGAGAGAGUUAAUGUGGUUAUUACAUGAACCACUAACAUCCAAUACGUGUCGUGUAUUUUUUAGAGAUGAAGAUAAUAAAUUUAAAGUGCACAAUAAUGUUACUAUUCCAAGUUUGCCUCCUGAUAGUUUUGAAAAAUAUGUUCAGCCCUUUUGCGAGUGGUUGGAUAUACUAUACACUAUGGAAAGCUUUUUUGAUUCAGUAAUCGAGGAUAAUGAAAUACGAGCACCAUUCACUUACAAAGCAUAUCGUGAAUCAAUUAUACAACUUUUACAGCCAAUUAAAAACUUUAUGAUGGAAUUGGAAAAUAAAGUAAGAGCACAAGAUGAUGUGUUCACUAUCUUGACAUUAAGAACAAAUUUAGUCCCCUAUAUGGACAAAAUUCAUACGUUAAAUAUCAUUCAUAAGGACUGCAUUCUAGAUUGGCACAGCACACCUGCAAAUGUAUGUGUUACUAAUUUAUUAACAAAGCUGUACAAUAAUUGUCAUAUUGCUGAAGCAGAAAUUGCCUCAUUUAGCUUUAUCAUUUUUGUAAACUGUAUAAAAGUUUAUUUGAAUAUAAUAACAUUGUGGUUGAAUUCCGGGGGUUUGGAAGAUUGGCAAGAUGAAUUCACUAUAGCUAGCGAAAAUAAAGCUAAUGAUAAACUGGGCGAUUAUUAUCUAAGAAGUAUGGAUGAAUAUGAAAUUUAUAAACAGAAUCAAAUGCUAAGCACUCUCAUGAAUAAAGUUUUAAAUGCUGGACAAAGUAUUAGAAUCCUGCAAAAACUUGGGCAUAUUAAAGAUAUUUCAAAAACAACAAAAUUAAAAGAAAAUUUAUUCAAAUCCUUCUUCCGUGAAAUAUUACAAGCCUUGCCACCAAAUUUAAAUAGAAAUCAAUUUUUUCGAAAAACUGGCAUUAACAAUGAACCAAAUAAAUUAUUGUUUAUGCCAGAUAUUCAUAAUUCUUUAUUAAAAGAAGUUUUCAAGAGACAUGUGAGAGAGAUUCGACCACGUAUAAUCUACAAUGAAGAAACAAAUUAUGUUGAUGAAUUAUGUGCCAGAAUGAAAUUGGCACCGAGUCGUCCAUUAGAAUCUAUAUUGGAUAAAGCUUUAAACGAAGUUCUAGAAAGCAAUUGCAACGAAACAUGCAAAUUAGUAGUAACAGUUUUGAAAGAAGAUUUUGAUCUUAGUAAACAUUUGGAUGCAUUGCAGAAUGUGAUGAUAAAUCAGACAGCAGGAAUAUUAUUUAAUUUCUACUUUCAGUUAUUCACUGAGAUGGAUGAGGGCGAUGAAUGGCAAAGUCCUUAUUAUAUGAACUGUAAACUAGAAGCAUUUCUUUCGUAUACUAAAUUCUGUAAUUUGACACAUUUAUUUUGUGUUCAUUUAACGAAUCCAUCAGCAACUUAUACCAGUAAAUUAAAAGCAUUGAGUGAUAUAAAGGUAUCAUACAGCAUAGUAUAUCCAAUAUCUUUGGUUAUUUCUGAAAGAAUCUUAAAAAAAUAUGAUGAAUGUAUGCAAUUUUUAUUGAAACUUAAUUGGUGUACAUGGGCAUUAAGAAAUUUGAUAUUUUCAAAUGGACUUAGACGCCAUACUUACGUUCGAGCUGUAGAGGUGGUAUCAAAGAGAUUGCAAGUUCUUAGAUAUUGGCUAUUGCAUAGUAUAGGUUCUGUUUACAGUUACAUAUACGGCCAAGUUCUAACUGUAGCAAAGGCUUGCUUACAAAACAAGAUGGAAUCAGCCAUAGCGCAUGAGGACCUUUAUUGCGCCCACGAACAAUUUAUUAAUUAUGUUCACGAUCAUUGUUUUCUAAGUAAAAAAUAUAAAGCAGUGUUAAAUGUUAUAUUACAGCUUUUUCAAAUGGUUGAAGUGAUACGUUCAGAGUGGGUACACAAAUUUGAAAAUACAUAUGGCUUCAGUGAUAGUCAUUAUUAUGACGUUGUAAAGGAUUUUGAACAAAUUUGCACUAUGGAAACUAUAUUCGUCAGAUGCCAUUCUUACCUCCAUUCAGUUUCUCAAAAAAGCUCUCAGGAUAACAAUGCACUGAGUAAUCUCUGCUGCGCUUUUGAUUUCGAUAUACCUAAAGCAUAUAGCAAUAUCACAUGAAGAUAUAUCAAUUUUAAUAUU